UUAAUUUUCCUUGAUGUCAUGAUGUAGAACUUGGAUUGCUAACUUUGAAGCAUUGAUAUUAAAGCAUUCGUGUUAAACACACAAACUUCAAAUUAGAUUUAACCAGAUGAAUUCUGAUUAAAUAGCUUCAUACGAUGUUUAAGUUAACUUUAGCGUCUUUUGUGAAUACGGCUUUGUUACACGUCAUAUUUGUAAAAUUUGGAAGUUUUACGCCGCCGACAGAAAAUGGCGACAAUUACGUAGUAACAAUAGAUGCUUAUCGGCAACAACUUUACAAGAUUAAAAUUGGCACCGGUGAAUACAGCAGAAUACCAUUGACUAAUUCCUGUAAGGGUGUGGCCAUAGAUAUGAAUCCAUUAACAAAAACCCUAUAUUGGAGCGACAAUAUUGCAAAUGUUAUCAUGAAAGCGCAAGUGGAUGGUUCCCAAGAGGAAGUUUUCAAAACAUUGCCAAAAGGAUCAACAUCAGAUGGCAUCGCUGUUGACUAUAUAAAUCAGUUGCUGUUCUACACAUGCGACCUUGACAAUGUCAUCAUAGUUGUCUCGCUGAAAAAUAAAGACAUUUAUAAAACAAUUGUUAACGAGUCAUUAGACGAACCAUGGGACAUAAUUGUACACCCGGAAAGAGGAGUAAUAUACUGGUCAGACUGGGGCAAUGAGCCAAGGAUAGAGACAUCAACCAUGGACGGUGGUAACAGAAGUAUAAUUGUGUCGUUUGAACCGGACUCAUGGCCUAGUGCUAUUGCUUUAGAUGUGAAAAGUAUGAAUUUAUUUUGGGCGGAAGCACAUUAUCAUGUUAUUGGACAGAUCAACAUUGAUACAGGGGUGAAGAAAACAUUGUACUCGGACAAUUUGGGUUAUUAUAAUGGCAUAACGCUUGUUGGAGAUAAACUUUACAUCACAGGCGGGCACCGUGAACAUGUUAGCAGAUUAAGUGUUGAUGGUGGGGAACUGGAGCAAGUUGGACCUUCAAAUUUUUCUUACUUGAAAGGCAUUACUGGUUAUAAGAAAACUGAUAUUAUAAAAGUUUUCAGCAAAUGUUUACAAAGCACGUGCAGCCAUCUAUGUUUACCUGUUUCCGGAAAAGAUUACAAAUGUGAAUGCUCAGACGGUGACAAAAACGCUUUGAAACCUUGUCGGGAAGCGAACGAGUGCACACCAAAUUACAUAUAUCUAACAAUUAGUGACGACCUUCCGAAAGGCGACAGAUCAACAAAAAUUAGUUUCUUUUGCAACAACUGGAUCAACAUAAGCGUGUAUUUUCGGUUAGACAUCACAUAUAACGAACACAGAUACUUUAGGAUAGAAAACGUGAAAUGCAGAAAUUUAAACUACCUUGUUUUAACAAUAAAAAAUGCGCCUUAUAUAAAUACUUGGAAUACAACUGUCAGUGUACUGAAAGAGCCGUACAAAAAUGAAACGUUAAAUAAAGUUCCAAUCAGAAUAGAUGUGAAAGAAGUGAAUGACCGACCAACUAUUCUACCGGAGUACAUUAUAACGGAAGUACGUGAAGAUGUCCCAGUCGGCACCAUAGUAGCAAACCUCUCAUUGACUGACCCGGAUGAUGGAAAAUUUGGAGAUUUACAGAUAAAAUUAGAAAGUCACACAGAUAUAGACGUUAAUGGAUUGUUUGAAGUAGAAAGAAUAUCAAAAGAUACUAUCCACAUCAAGACAGCAUCAGUGCUGGAUGCGGAUAAAUUCUGGGACAGUGAGGAGACUCACAGUAAAACUCCACGUGGACCUACUUUCCUUUUUGAUGUUUUGGUAAGGGACGGCGGUGGUCUAAGUGCUAUUUCAGUAAUCAAUGUCACAGUCACAGACAUCGGUGAUAUUGAACCAGUUUGCAAUAAUCCUACUUUAGACAACCAAACAUAUAUGACAAGAAAGGGUGAAACGGUUACUAGUUUAGACAAUUUUUGCCGUGCCCGAAACUAUGUCAGUGCAGUCUUUUACUCCCAAGAAGUAACAUAUGCCUUGAGUUCAGACAGCUGUAACU